AAUAUUAAAAUAAAUAAGGGACUUGCGUCAAAUCAAGAUGAAGAGUCCAACAUACAGUUGGAGACUAAAUUAAAAGACUUGCUGGAUAUUGACGAAGAAGAUGAUAAUAGUGAUGAUUAUGUUUAUGAAGAUAAAUUGUAUAAUAAUGCAUUUGAUCAAGAAUUUGCAGAAGCCGCUCUAGAUUACAUUGAAAAUUCUGAAACGGAAAAAAGUAAUGUGAUUGAAGAAACUAAACCUUUUCAGCAUUUUAAUCCUGUAGAAAAAAAUUCAACGGGAAAAAAAGCAAAAAAGAGUGACAAACGCGCGCAAGUUGUUAAUCAAAGUGACAGCAAGCUGAUUGAUAAGGACGGCAACAGGAAAAGAGAAAAUGUUGUUUUUAAACGAAUAAAGGACACUUUUUACAAUCAUAAAUUGAUAAUAUCCUUGCCAGUGGGGGCUAGUAUUUUGGGAGGCACUUGUUUGUUCAGCUGCAUAUGCACGUUAAUUUUACGCCGGAAGAUUGCUAAUUGUUGCGCAUGUUGCGUUUCUCGAUGUUGCAGGAAAAAAAAAAAAGACUCUUGCGAGGACUUGGAGAGAGGAAAAACGAGUAAAGUUAAACCUAAGAGAGCAAAAAGAAGUAGAGCAGCAAAGCCAGUAAGAGCGGCAACUCCAGUAAUACCGGCAACACCAGUAACAUCAGUUGCUUCCCAGCCGUCUUGGCCCCGUGCUAAGUCAUUAUCUGAGGAUUAUGUUGACGCAGCAGUACAACACGUUACUGUAGUUGAACCAUUAAUACCACCAAGAGAAACAAUUGUUGAAACUCCACCAACAGGCUGCGGGUGCUGUAAAAAGAAACACAUAAAUCUCUCAGAAUUAGAGUACAUAGCUUCACAUUUAAAUAACGUUGAGUGUAAUCGAUUGAUAGCAGCUCUGCAUUACACGUCCUAUGACCUACCAAGUGACAUUUCAGCGGCUGAAAGAUUAGUAAGCGGCGACUUUACAUGCUUGGAACAUUUGAUCCACUGGAACAGCUCGCCGGGCGAAGGUAAAGGGAAAACUCAUAGCACAUUAGCGCACCGCUUACAACAAAUAAAUCGAAGCGACCUUGCUGAUUGGCUUGGGAACACUGUCUUCAGUCAACAAACUAAAGACCUAUUUAGGUCAAUGAAUAAACCCUUGGGUGAAGAUGAACAAGAACAAACUCAGACCCAGCAAACUGAUGAUUUUUCAGGAUCAAUUAGUGAAAGUCGCGACCGAAAUAUAUGGACAAUUAUUGACACGAUAUUAAUAAGUGUCUUGAGUGUUUUAUUGAUCGGACUUUUGGUAUUAAUAAUCGCUCAUGCUAUUGAUAAAUUUAGAAAAUUCAGGAGAGAAAAAAAAGAGAUUAUUUUUGAUGGACAGAAGAAAAAAGUGGAUUAUAAAAAUGAGUAUUAUGAGGAAGAAGAAGGAGUUGAAUUGUUAAAUCAACAGGCGACUGACAGUGAUGAUGAUGAUAAUACGACCAUUGAUUAG